GGAAGCAUGCGGAAGUAGUAAAUUAGACACGUCAAGUAGUGCAAAUAACCAACCAAAAUAGUGACAUUUUGGAAAACUAAUGAAAGUAAAGUUGUUUUUAUUUUAUUUUAAACAAGACGACCUGUGCUAGUUCUAUUCCGAUAGUUAUUCCACAGAGGUAGCCUUUAGUCACUGAACUGUCAUCAUCAUAUAGAGUUAUGGCAUGCAGCGACUCUAUGGUGUCAAUGAAUGGAACUCAAGUUUCCUAUAUUGGACAUGACUGUGAAGACAUCCCAGAGUUCCUUGGAGAAAGAUAUGGACUCUUGACAAGACGGCUAGAUCUCAGCUUCAAUCAGCUAAGGUCACUGGCGGGCCUCAAAGCGUUCACUGGGCUGGAAGAACUGAUCAUCGACAACAAUCUGCUCGGAAACGACCUCCAGUUGCCCAGGUUACCCACCCUCCACACCCUGACACUCAAUAAGAACCAACUGACUGACAUUGAGGCGCUGCUGGAGCACUUGGCAAAGGCGACACCGUCGCUGCAGUACCUCAGCCUGCUGGGAAACGAGGCCUGUCCCAACCAGCUGGUCAGCCUGGACAAGGAUGAGGACGACUACCAGAGAUACAGGUAUUUCGUUCUGCACAAGCUACCCACCCUAAAGUUCCUAGACACUAGGAAAGUUUCUAAGACCGAACAGCAGGAGGCUGAAGCACGGGGAGCCUUCAUGAAGGUGGUCAAACCCAAGUCAUCAGACAUGGUGGCCCCAGGUGACCCCAGGUCUGAUUGUUCCUCCAUGCCCUACACCCCUCUACCCAGAGGCUCUAGAGACGGCAAGAACCACAAAGGUGUGUUCGCCAAGUGCCGUUACAUCUACUAUGGAAAGCAUUCGGAAGGCAACCGAUUCAUCCGCAAUGACCAACUCUGAUGGACCGACAGAGAGACGCAAACACACACACACGCACACACACACAAGCUUCAUUAUACACGUCGUUAAAUGAAAAUUCAAACAUCUUCAUGAACAUGUUCCUUCCGUAACCUAUACUGUAUCAAGCUUCUCAGAGUAGGAUUGCUGAUCUAGGAUCAGUUUUGCUAUUUCGAUCAUAAUGAAUGAGAUUAUAUGGACAGGGGGGUCCUGAUUUUAGGUCAGCAUCCUACUCUACGCUUUAUGAAUAUGGGCCUUGUAGUGUAGUGGCCUGGUCUCUUCCUCCGCUGAGUUGUGGCUGGCUCUCCUGUCAGCUCCACUCUCCUGCCCCAGAGUGAACAUUGACACUCACAUUGACAUAAUUGCAUCUAAGCAGCAGUGCUCCACAUAAACACAACCAUACACAAAAGUGCAUGCAUGCACGCACGCACACACACACACGCACAGAACUGUUCACGCAAGCGCACUCACACUCUCUCUCUUUCACACCCACCCAAACACACACACCCCGUGGCCACGGUGAUGGACAGCUCCAGCCAAGCGGCUGAUUUGACAGCCACAGCAACCAUGAUGGAUCACCCGUCCCCUACCGCCACUCAUCAGGGGUCAGAGGUCAAACCUGAUGCCUCACUGGGUGUGAGUGUGUGUGUGUGUGUGUGUGCAUGUGUGAGGGGGACAGGGGACUGGGGCGUAAUUAUGUGUAUUUCAAAAUGUAAGUAUACAGAAAAUUGCACCUUUAGAGUGACAGCUAGGAGAAAGACAGAGAUACAACAUAAAACGAAUAACGUUCUAAAACCUUUACAAUUCACACCCCUAUGUCCACCUAGAGGUAUAUGGGUUAUGAGCUAUCCCAUAUAAGAUACAUGAUAUAAGCUAGGUAGAUGUUUACACGUGGCACAUCUCCAACUUGUCUAAAUUGGGGCUUGAGAACGUUAACAGAGGGGAUUAGAGAGAGGGUGGAGGCAAGGCCAGACAGGAGAGUGGGAGGAGGAAAGUUAAAGGAAAGCAUAGGAAAGUUAGGAUAACCUUUAACAAGGAGUCCACCCUUGUGGUUCUGAAGUAGUAUUUUAAUGGAUUAUUUCUCAGUAUUAUUUUUGUGACAAUCUCGUAUUUUUUCAGUCUCUGUUUUAAAUGAAUGUACUGUAUUCUGAUACAGGGCUUGCCUGCAAGAGUAACAACACUUCACAACUUUUCACUUACCAAAUGUGUUUAGAUUUACACUGUUGUCAGAUAUACUUUACUAUGGUCUGUUUUAGCUCAGCUGGUAGAGCACAGCGCUUGUAACGCCAGGGUAGUGGGUUCGAUCCCCGGGACCACCCAUACACAA